CUGCAGAUGGCAUCGGCAAACGCGACCUAUGGACAGAAGGAGUCUUCGGACCAGAACUUUGACUAUAUGUUUAAGAUCCUCAUCAUUGGCAACAGCAGUGUGGGCAAAACUUCCUUCCUGUUCCGCUAUGCCGACGACUCCUUCACACCGGCUUUCGUCAGUACUGUGGGUAUCGAUUUCAAAGUGAAGACCAUCUACAGGAACGAUAAGAGGAUCAAGUUACAGAUCUGGGAUACGGCGGGUCAGGAGCGUUACCGCACUAUCACCACUGCUUACUACCGAGGAGCCAUGGGCUUCAUCCUCAUGUAUGACAUCACAAACGAGGAGUCUUUCAAUGCUGUCCAGGACUGGUCGACUCAGAUUAAAACGUACUCGUGGGACAAUGCCCAGGUGCUACUGGUUGGAAACAAGUGUGAUAUGGAAGACGAGCGAGUGGUGAGUGGAGAUAGAGGCCGGCAGCUGUCUGAACACCUUGGUUUUGAGUUCUUUGAGGCCAGUGCUAAGGACAACAUCAACGUGAAGCAGACCUUUGAGCGGCUCGUUGACAUCAUCUGCGAAAAGAUGUCGGAGAGUCUGGAUGCCGGUGACCCCGCUGUUACGGGGGCCAAACAGGGGCCCCAGCUGACAGAGCAGCCUGCCCCUCCUCACCAGGACUGUGCAUGUUAGAGCUGGCUCGUUUCCUAAAAGCUGAAUUCUGCGGUCUGUCUGCCUACGUUUCCCUCAGACAGAUCCCAGGUCCCAGAAUCCUUAUUUUAUCACCUUUUCCACACACUUUCCCGCUUCUUCCUGUUGGUUCAUUACCUGAUAAUCUCAAGAACCAGGGCCGAAAAGUGUUUGAGAUGCUCUGAUAUGCUGACGGUCCAGCCAGAUAGGAGCAUGCUGCUGGUGUCUCGUUGCUUUCAAUCGCUAAAGGUCUCCGUCUCGGUCCGAUGCCAAAGCAAGCUCAGUCACACUAGAGCAUUUCCCACUCUUUGGAGUCCUGGUUCUUGACCGUUUAUCUGUUCUUGAGUACGGUUUUAAUAGAAGGAUUUGACGGCGUACAUCCUCAGAGUGCCAUUGAAAUCCUUCCGAAGUUUACAGUCCUUUGCUUUUAUGUCAGUCAAAUUUCUUGAAAAGAUGCCUGGCUUGGAAAUGGUGACCAAUAAGGCCAGUGAGGAGUUACAUGAGGGUAAUGAUCCAGCUAAGAACUACUCAGUAUCAUGUUACAUUUCAUAUAUUUCAUAUACAUUUCUUUUUGUUGCCUCACCUAUCAAAACAUGGGUACUAAUUAGAAUGAAACAUUUUCCCAAAGCCCUUAUUAUCUUUUUUUGCAUUUCCUUUGCAAACAUUUAUCUAUAGACCUAAGCCCUGGGUUAUUAUUUUCAGAUAUUAAAACACAGUGGGGGAAAAUAUGAACUAGCUAUUGCUUGGAGAAAAAGCAAAAAAUUAAGAGACAUGUUUUAUUCAAUUAUAUUUAUUUUAAAUGUACAUAUAAAUGUUGUUCAAUAUAUAUAAAUAUAUAUAUAUAUAUAUAUAUAUAAUAUCUUCAGAUAUACACUUCUGGAAAUACAUUUUAAGAAGUUUGAUGGAUGUUCUAUGAGAAUAGUAUCAAAUAUAAAAAAUCUAUGUGGUUUGGAUGUGAGCAAGCAGCUCCUUGAGGGGGAACUAUAAUUCCCCACUGGUUGCUACUUUCAGAAAUAUGUGGAAGAUGUAGCUUUCUUUCAAAGAAAAACCCAGUUCAAACUACAGAAUCCGAAGUCUGUACUUAAGUUAUAUGUUUACCACCCUCCGAAUCCGCCUUGUGGGAUUUCUAGCAGUAAUGAAGGACACUGACAUAAAACUGAUGUGAGAGGGAGGCGUUUCUGUGGAUUAAUGCCGUUUCAAGAAAUGACUGCAGUUAAACUGAUGAUAUAAUUUUUCCGGCAUAGUUCCUAAACACUCAAAAUAAUUUAGUUUGACAAUGAUAUUUUAUGAAGAUAAGUCUCACCCUAUUGUUACUUUAAUAGGAAACAAAAAUCUAAUGAUGUCUGAACACAAUUUUGUACAACACAUUAGUGCUGUAGUGCUACAUGCUUUAUUGUGGAGUUGCUGGGUUUAAGUUAUUUACUUCUAGCAACAGACACCUUUCAUCUGACAUCAAAUCAUUCAAACAUUUCAGUGUUAUUACCACGCAGAUAUGAGUUUGGAGAAUGCAUCAUAUGUUGUGCUUUCCAUGGUAUUUUUUGGCUAAUCUGAGAGCUGAUUAUUGUCAGUAAAAAAAGAAACAUCAGUAAGGAAUAAUGAUGGUGUGUGCAAUGGCUUGCACUAAAUCUGUUACUAUUACAGGGUAAUAACUAAUGGGCAUGCAUGACUUUACAUCGCAGAAGUUUUCAAAAGCUUCUUUCUGGCUAUUUGCAAAUCUAUGGCUAUUUGCAUAUAAAUUACAAUGGAGAUUUUAGGAGGACUUUAGGAAUCAACAGACCUUAAAUAUACUUAAGAAUUCGGGGGCAUAUGUCAGUCUUUUGCAAUGAGGAAAGUUCAUAAUUCCAGUCAGGAAAAAUGCCCAGGCUGCACUGAGGAGAAUCAAGUCUGUGCCUCUUCUGUGUUUGAGCUCACACGAACAUUUAUGUGGUUUAACAGUCGUAUUUUCGAACCUAACUGGCAUUCUACAAAUAUGAAUUCAGGGGAAAACGUGUCAAACAGUACGCUGACUGUUUUUUGUUUAGUUUGAUGGCUUAAUAACCAGCUCCACUCACUGAAACGCCCUCGUCAGUAUUACGAAGCGGCUUUACCGGGUUCUCAAAGGCUCAUGUGCAGAUGUUUGUUCAUUUGUCUGAUUUUGUGUGAUGUCAUCACUGCUCAGUCUUCUAAAGUGCAGGUUAAUCACAGACUGCAACAUUUGCAGUUGAGAAAGCAUCACACAGCUGGAGGCUGAUGAUUCAAAGGGUAGGAAACUUAAAGCAGUGCAGGAAUUUUGUGAUCUGUGCGUGGGACAAUAACGGAAUAUAAAAAUAAUGUGGACAUGCCCCCUCAGAAAGUAUUUUUUAUCGCUUGUUUUAACACAUUUGCCCACUUCUGGCUUUCCCUUAUUUUGCCCAAAGGUUGCUAUAGAAGCAGCUUCUGUUUCAGUUCUGCUUCAGGAAGCCAGAAUAAGCAUUUUGACUAGAUGACCAAGUUUAAAAUUGUAAUGAAACUGAAUAUAUAUGAAGCUCUUUUGAUUUAAACAUGGUUUCAUAGUAUGCCAAAGAUGGGAGGUGGCAUUAAAAACUAAGAUUGAAAAAGGACUGCAGGCGAGGCAUGAGAAAGUACUGUGAAAGCUGAAGCGAUGAAAGUAAUUUCACACAAGCUGAGUCUUUGAUAGUGAUAUUGAAUUAAUUCUAAGUCAGACGAGCAACUGAGAGUGCCGCUCAAGUAACAGAAAAUGAAGCCCCAGUCAAAGCGUCAGAGUGAUUUUGAUCCUGCGUAUGUUUUAAUUCUAAAUGGUUGUGACUGUUUUUCUUCUGGUAAAACCCCGACUUAUAAACUGUUCUUCUUUCGAAUACGUCUUCCUCUCCAUAUAAACCUGACCUGUAAAUACUGUAUCUUUGAGUCAUAUGUGUGGAUUGUGUUGUAUUGACUCAGGCUUGCAUUGAAAAAAACAAAACAAGAAAAAAGAGGUGAAAAAAAGACAGUAAAUCCCUGAAAAUCCCAAAAGAGCCAUGUCGUACUGUAUCCGCAUUCAUCUCUAGGCCUGCUUGUGAAUGAAUGUGUCACUCAGUUAUGAAGCAAUACACACUACAGUAUAGUACACCAAAACAAAUGCCAUUAAGCUUGGUAGAGGUUGCCGACUGUAGAUCUUCUACUAGCACGCGGAAACAUGUGUCUUUUGUUGGUCUUGUAUCACUGCCUCUUCAAAUCCUUUCAGUUUGAGCCAUUACAGUGAGAGAAUAUGCUGUGGAUGUUUUUAUCUGUACUUUGUGGUAAAACAAUAAAAAAAAUUGCUAACAAUCACCUGACUGUUGUUUAAACAGAUUUGACUAGGGCCAGAUGAGUGCUGUCUCCUGCUUCCUAUUU